AUGUUCUCGCACCCUCCGUACGACAGUUUACGGAUCAACCAGACCGUCUACUUCAGUUUGUGCAGCAUCUACGCCUUCUGCGCGUUCACACUGAUUGUUGGCUGCAAUUUCGACUCCCAUGAAACCAGGCGGCGCGUCGCACGCGGCAUCGUGCCCAGAGAACUUAUACCUGUGGGAUUUGGCCGUUGUAGCUGGCUGGUUCCUCAGUACUCCGUGCCCAGCGAGGUCUCGGAACAGUAUUACAUUGAUGAGAAGCUCCUUCAGUCCAGGAGCGCCGAUAGUCUCGCGAGGCGGCUCGAGAAGCGCAGCCUCCUGGGUUACCUCUGGUGGUACGUAACGCAGUUUCCGGAAGUCGUAUCAAAAGAGCACUUGGCACUCUCUGUACUCGUGUCCGCGAUUCCCGCGUUUUCCCGCUUGAAAAGGUGUUUCUUGAUAGUUCUGCAUCUCCACAUCUGCAUGCUGGCGGGGGCCCUGUUGAUCAAUUAUCGCGAGAAUCGGAACCCAUACGGAGUCUACGAGGUCUUCAGUUGUAAGCCUGGUGGCGAGGAUUGCAUGACCACCGUCCCGCUGGCGGUGGCGGCCGCCGCAGCCUUCGUGCCCGCCUUCCGGAUCUUGUUCAGGACGCCACUCAGGUUAACGUGCCUCGUGCCGCUCGGGCACCCCUGCACGUCUCAGUUCCCCCUGGGGCCGCGCAAGUUCGCGGCGACGCCUGGGCGCUCUGCGUGGGACGUGCUGCUCUGCAGGCGCACCCCUCGGGAGCAAGAGGUGCGGCGGGUGGAGCUUCAGAGGUCGCUGGCGCGCCGUGUCCUGAGGCUGCUGUGGAGGGCGACCUUGCCGUCCGUCAACUGCCGGCACUUCUACGGGGUGGCGCUGUCGUGGCUCGUGCUGCUGUUCCAGGUUGCGCUUGCAGCAGCUGCCGCCCUGUACGUGCUCACGUUUACACUCUACCUGGAGGAUGCGGCUGUGUACCACUGGCUGGUCUGGACGAUUACCAUGCAUUUCUCUGCCAUUUUGCUGAUCGAGCCUCUCUGGAUCUUCUCGAUCGAGGUCAUAUGGCGCGCGGUAGUAGCCGAUGUGGCUCAGCAUUGGGGCAUUGGCGACCAUGCCCUGGCUUCCUCGACGCGGUACAGGCGAGUUGUGGAAGAGGUCGAGUUGCGUGUCCUUCGCAAGCUCAGGGUGGCCGGCGCAAUCAGGAUUCAGCGCUGGUGGGCCGCCGUACUGGAAAUGCAUAUUGCGAUACAUCAGCAGAACGCAGUUGCCAUCAAGGUCCAGGCCAGGGUGAGGAGGAAUGCCCAGUUGACCAGGUAUAUCAAGGAGCGGAAGUGGUGUUUGAAGGUCGAUGUCCUCGACGCCACAGACCUGCACAUUGUGACGCCCAAUGGUCUGCAGAGCCCGCUGGUCUGCCUCCAGUGCGAGGGCGUCAACCCUCGCACGAUGACGACCAAGGUGUCCUGGAACACGGGUUCCUGCGGCACCUUCAACGAGACCUUCCUCAUCGACAUCCUGGACAGCAGGUCGCUGUACGUUAGCGUGUGGUCCAAGGACGUGAACCGGGAGGAUUUCAUUGGUCGCGGGUGCUUCGACUUCGAUGGGCUCAGGAGUGGCCGCAAGGGCAGCACUGACACGCACCUCCUGAGGGUCGACCUGUUCGACAUCCAACACGGGCAGCCGCUGCCGCACGAGGGCAAGCCCCUGGGGCACGUGAAGCUGCGCGUGCACUUCCUCGACCCGCUGGUGGACGCCUGCGGUGAAGAUGGACAGACAGACUGGAUGCUGCCAUCGAACCGGAUGCAGUUCUCGCAGGCGAAGCACGGUGAAGGCGGCCGGCUGGACGCCGCCCGGCUGCUGGGCACCCUCGUUCCCGCGAGCGAGACGGUCGCCACCGAGACGGCGGGCAAGGAGAUGAGUGGUCCGGCAGAGGCGCUGCAGAACUUGCCGUAUCGGCGUUUCAGCGCGAUCGUGGAGGACGGCCCCGACGCCGCCGCGCUCACGCCGCACCCGGACAUGGCGCCCCUGGUGGGCGCCGAGCCCUCCUCGGGCGGGCGCCUGGCCGGCCGCCGCGCGCUGCAGAGCAUCAUCGCCAUGGGCCCCGUGCCGGAGGCGGCUGCAGAGGAGAGCCGCCUGGCGGGGAGUGGCGGCCCAGCGGCGCGGGGCCGACGGAGGGGGGCGGCGCUCUCGCGGGCGAGGAGGGCGACGAGGAGACAACAGCCGCCUGCGAGUUCGGGCUGGCGCAGCCGGGCCGUGGACAUCGGCCAGCGAACCCGUGGUCACGGAAGAGGACAUCCAGGAGACGACUUCAUCGCCGAGCUCCACGCCGAACCCUUCGAGGCGCAGCUGCCGGCGCCAGCGCCCGAGCUGAAGCGGGCGAUCGGCGGGGCCUGGACGGCCAGCGGUGCGGCGCCGCGGCAGUCGCAGGGGUCCCUGCCGCGCUGGGAUCCGCCCGCCGCCCCGCCGCCGCUCCGUGAGCCGGAGCAGUCCGAGGCGCACACCGUCCAGGAUCUGAGCAUCGGGCCGAGGCACUCGCUGAACUUCGAGGCGAGCGGUGCUGCGCUUGUGCCGGGCUCCAUCGCCAGCCCACGGGAGGACGGGGCGGCGGGGCCGCAGAGGCGAGGGGCUCCCAGGAGGGGUGAGAGGCCGCCGGCGGCGGACGGCCGAUCGCCGCCGCCGCCGAGGGCCUGCGCCGACACACGGCUCGCCUCCUCGCUCCGCGAAUGA